GAGAUAUACAUCAUCCCUCUUCUCCGUCUCUCUUGUUUCACUUCGUCUACACAACCUAUUAGAAGCCAGUAGCCAGCUCGGCAUGGCUGGCUAUGUGGAUCCUCUUGUGGUAGGGAGAGUGAUAGGAGAUGUGGUGGACCUCUUCGUGCCCACCAUAAACAUGACGGUGAGUUUUGGAUCGAAGCAUGUGAACAACGGCUGCGACAUCAAGCCAUCCAUGGCUGCCAACCCACCGUCUGUCUAUAUCUCAGGCCAGCAGUCUGAUCUCUACACUUUGGUGAUGACUGACCCUGAUGCACCUAGUCCUAGUGAUCCCACGAUGAGGGAGUGGCUCCACUGGAUGGUGAUUAAUAUGCCUGGUGGAACAGAUCCUUCUCAAGGGGAGGAGGCGGUGCCGUACAUGGGACCUGCGCCGCGUGUGGGAAUCCACAGGUACGUGCUGGUUCUGUUCCGGCAGAAGUCGCGGCUGCCGGGGGUGGCGUCGCCGGCCACGCGCGCCAACUUCAACACGCGAUGGUUCGCUGCCCAGCACGACCUCAGCUUCCCCGUCGCCACCGUCUUCUUCAACUCGCAGAAGGAGCCAGUGAACCGACGCCGCUGAGGAGGGAGACGAUGUUUUGAGCUUUGGUUUUCUGAUCUUUUCUCUUCUUCUCCAUGGACAAUGAAUAGGUGACUUUGUUGGCGGUGGGGUUUCGGGGAUGGAUAUUGUUGACUUAUUGACUAUGGUUGUUAGUGCGUUAAUUUCAUGGCUACCUGGCAGACUUCUGCAGUUCUAUA